GUGAGACCUACACAGCCCACUUAAAAUGCUGUUUGUGCCUUCUACAGAGCAGCUUCCUUAGCAGUAGUAGAUUUGGUCGCUGUAAAUUGACACAUCUCUGUGAAAUUGUUGUUUCAGAUUCGUAAUCACCAAAAUUUACCUGGGAUGUUACCAGCAUGAGCAGGUUUAGAGUUUGAGGAGGACUUCUAUGAAAAUAUUUCAGGAGAAGCUGUGUUUUUCCAUAAUUAACAAGAAGCAAAAGGGCAUCUGGCACGCAGAGGAGAGUGUAUGCAUGUAUGCUUGUGGUAAACAGGCAAAAAGAAAUUAAAGGAGGCUGAUGAUCUUGAAAAGAAAAGGUGCCUGUUUAUUAAGUGCAAGAACAGAGGACGAGGCCUCAAGGUGGGAGAAGAAGAUGGAGACGACUUUGAACAGAAUUCAUCCAGUUUCUGAUCCAGAAGCAACCUAUUUUCUACAGGUGUCAUGGGAAAAGGAUUUAGGCACUGGCUUUGGUUUACUUCUUAGUGAUUGUCAGUGUGCCUGGACUGGGACAGUGUCUGAAUCAGACAUUUGUAGGGAGGCUGAUGACAUAGAAAUGAACAGAGAAAAAUAUGUGGAAGAGCUGAGGAAAGCACUGAUAGCUGGAGAAGAGUCAGCUGGCAAAUACAACUUUGUGAUUUCAAGAGAUGGGCAGAAUAAGGCCUGUCACUUCUCCUAUGAAAGGAACCUGAAAGAUGGCUCUUUCAGACUUGGAUCUCUGAAGCUGCAGGAAGUCCCAAACCCAGCAGAGGUGAUCAAAGAACUCAUUGGUUACUGCCUGGACAGCCUGGGAAAGCUGCAGGCCAAAACUGAGCAUCUGCAGAGGGAAAAUGAAAGGCUUUUCAGCAAUUGCAGCGAUGUGGAGAGGAGGCUGGAAAAAUGCGUGGAAGCUAAAGAGGAGCUGGAGGCAGACCUUUACAGCAGGUUUGUUUUGGUGCUGAAUGAAAAGAAGGCAAAGAUAAGAAACUUGCAGAAGUUGUUGAGUGAAGCUAAAGAAUCUGCAGCGGAUGCCAAGUGUGCAAGGGAUAGUAUCGCUGCCACUCAGAUGUUUGUAAAGAGAGAAAACGACUAUGAUGCCAGCACUGAUGAGGAAAGUGAAAAUCCAGCACGGGCCUCGUUGCCAUCAGCUCUGGAACGAAGGGAUUCCUCCCUGCUGGGCAGCCCAGACGUCGUGGACCCAGCUCCCAGGAGAAAAAGAAGGCAAAGGACAGCCAAACCUGCAGGGACAGGAGCUAAGGUGGCUGCUUACGAGGCAGAGCAGCCAGCCCAGGAACAGGCUGGCCUGGGCUCGCAGGCGACCUCGGCGCAGCGCUGCCCGGAUUGGGAUCUGGAAACCCUGGAAAACUCCUGUGAGCCCCAGGAGCUCUUCGAGGACAUGUAG